CACGCAUAUUGACACAUCACACAUACACAACACAACAACGCAGAGAGAUAGAGAGAGACAAAGGUCACGUUGGAUAUGUAGCAAGCAGAACUGCUGCACCUUCUUCUCUUCUCUACGCUUCCACCCACUCACUCUUCCGUUUCCACUCCCUUAAUUCUCUCAUAAUUCACAAUCCUCACGUUGCGUCAUUCACAUGAAACACUUGCGCUCCCUGUUCUCGCUCUCUUUCUGAAUCAUUCAUCGUAUAUAAUCUCUAUCUCUCUCUCUCUUUCUCAGGAAGGAGAAAGAGGUUUUCAUUGUCGUUGUUGUAGAAGAAGCUGAGGAAGAAGGAGAAUGGAGUCAACGGAAUCUUCCUACGUGUCUUCUCCCGAGGGACCGAGGAAGCACGCUGCAUCGCCUCCUCCUAAAUCGCCUUCGCUAGCGGACAAUAAUGUAGAUUCUGAGGAAAAGCCAACAUAUAUUAGGUUUCUUGUAUCAAAUUCUGCGGCUGGUUCAGUCAUUGGAAAGGGUGGUUCAACUAUCACCGAGUUUCAGUCACAAUCUGGAGCACGAAUCCAGUUGUCACGUAAUCAUGAAUUCUUUCCUGGAACUACUGAUAGGAUUAUCAUGGUAUCUGGUGCGAUAAAUGAAAUACUAACAGCUGUUGGACUUAUUCUUUCUAAGCUGCUCAGUGAGCUUCAUAGCGAGGAUGACAAUGAUGCCGAGCCUAAAACUAAAGUGAAACUUAUUGUUCCCAAUGGUUCAUGUGGUGGAAUAAUCGGAAAGGGAGGUGCAACCAUUAGAUCAUUUAUUGAAGAUUCUCAGGCUGGCAUUAAGAUAUCUCCUCAAGAUAAUAAUUACUAUGGACAGAACGAUAGGCUAGUUACCCUGACAGGAACUCUCGAGGAACAGAUACGUGCAAUUGAAUUAAUUGUUUCUAAGUUAGCUGAAGAUCCUCAGUAUGCACAGUCCAUGAAUUCUCCAUUUUCAUAUCCCGGUGUAUACUUCUCGGGUUAUCAGGGUGUUCCAUACACAUAUGUGCUUCCAUCUGUUGCACCACCUGCAUACAAUGCAGUGAAUUACAGACCAAAUGGUGCCGGAGCUAAGUUCCAGAAUAGCAAGGAGGAGCGGAGUAACUCGGUGACCAUGGGUGUUGCAGAUGAGCAUAUAGGAUUGGUUGUUGGUCGUGGUGGAAGGAAUAUUAUGGAAAUUAGUCAGGUUAGUGGGGCGAGGAUAAAGAUAUCAGAUAGAGGUGAUUACAUUUCUGGAACAACUGAGAGGAAGGUUACCAUAACAGGAGCCCAGAGAGCUAUUCGUACAGCUGAAUCUAUGAUAUUGCAGAAGGUUGCUUAUGCUAGUGAGAGGGUGAUUGAGUAGUUUGCAAGUGCACUUGUCUGCUAUUAGAUGCUUAGUGAAUCUGCUUGCUAAUUGCUUAUACAUUUGCUGAAUUUUGGGAUUUGUUUACAUAAAUUAUCAUCACAUGAUAUACCUUUGGAGGUCUUUAUUGUAGCGGGAGAGGGCAGGAAUUUUUUUUCUUGAAUUGAGAGCGGUCUUAUAGAAUUUCUUCUCAAACCCCAUCAACAGACAAGUUCGAUUGGAAAGUUCACGCUCAUUUCCAAAGUGUAGUAUUUAGAACUAAAUUCUUUUUUUUUUUGUAAGUCAACAGGUGCUAAUGUCUUAUAUGAUCUGUGUCCUCAAUCACUAGCCUGAGAUAGGAUUUGAAAAUUAUUUUGUGAUAGCAUUUGAGAAUCAAGAAUUCACUUGUGAGUUGUUAGAACCUCAAGCCCGAAUUGUGUUUCUAAAGUUGACGAUUUACUAGACGCUAUGUAUUAGAAUAUCUCAAUAGCAGUUUUUCGCCUUCGGA